GAGGGAUUCAGUCGUUUCUGAGAAGGGAGCCAACCUCUUCCAGUAAGAAAGUGGUUUCUACCUGUCUUUCGCGACUGUGAGAUCCUUUGUGAAUGAGAGGGAACCCGAGAAAGUGCAGUUUGUUGCUACAGUGAUUCAGAGGAAGAGGUACUGCUACUGUGCGCGCUGCUGAUGGUGCUGCUGCAGCUUUAUGUAGCAGAUGAUAGUGAUCCAGUCAGUUGAGGAUUGUGGUGAACAAGGCCAGCAAAGGUCUGAACUUCACUUCUGUAAGACCUUAGAAGUUGUGGCAUCAUAUUCACAGGUCCCUUUAGAUGGAAUUUAAUGCGGCAAAAACCUUGUCAUCAGAAGGAUUAAUGUCUGCAUUAGCAUUUCUGCAAUAAAAUCAGAAGCUAAGUGGUGGAGGCCACAGACACCUCAAACCUGGAUUCCUCUGCUCUGCAUUAAGUGCUGGAGUUUUUAUUACUUGCUGUAGUGAAGCCAUUGCCAAUGCUUACAAGGAACUGCUUAUCCCUGCUUCUCUGGGUCCUGUUUGAUGGAGGUCUCCUAUCGCCACUGCAUCCACAACCACAACAGAUUCUAGAAGCAGAGUCCAGAGAAAAUGUUGUCCCAGUGCCAGGGAGGAGGUCGUUUGCUCAGCGAGUCAAGCGAGGCUGGGUGUGGAAUCAAUUUUUUGUCCUGGAGGAAUACAUGGGCUCUGAACCUCAGUAUGUUGGAAAGCUUCAUUCCGACUUGGACAAGGGAGUGGGGACUGUUAAGUAUACCCUUUCAGGAGAUGGUGCUGGCACAGUUUUUACCAUUGAUGAGACCACAGGAGACAUUCAUGCCAUAAGAAGCCUAGAUCGAGAAGAAAAACCUUUCUACACACUCCGGGCUCAGGCUGUAGAUGUUGACACCAAGAAACCACUAGAGCCUGAAUCAGAGUUCAUCAUCAAAGUGCAGGACAUUAAUGAUAAUGAGCCGAAGUUCCUGGAUGGACCUUAUGUUGCUAGUGUCCCAGAAAUGUCUCCAGUGGGAGCGUAUGUGCUUCAAGUAAAGGCGACAGAUGCAGAUGAUCCCACUUAUGGAAACAGUGCUAGAGUGGUUUACAGCAUUCUUCAGGGACAACCAUAUUUCUCCAUUGAUCCGAAGACAGGUGUAAUAAGAACAGCAUUGCCAAAUAUGGACAGAGAAGUGAAAGAACAAUAUCAAGUUCUAAUUCAAGCCAAGGAUAUGGGAGGACAGCUGGGAGGACUGGCUGGUACUACCACUGUAAACAUUACUCUCACGGAUGUCAAUGACAACCCUCCCAGAUUCCCUAAGAGUAUCUUCCAUUUAAAAGUACCUGAGACCUCGCUUGUUGGUUCUGCUAUUGGAAGGAUCAGAGCUGUGGACCCUGAUUUUGGGAAAAAUGCAGAAAUUGAGUAUAAUAUAGUUCCAGGAGAUGGAGGAAACUUGUUUGACAUAACAACAGAUCAGAACACCCAGGAAGGAAUCAUCAAACUGAAAAAGCCAUUAGACUUUGAAACAAAAAAGGUAUACACCUUUAAAGUUGAGGCCUCCAAUCUUCAUCUUGACCAUCGAUUUCACUCGGUGGGUCCAUUCAAAGAUACUGCCACCGUGAAGAUAAAUGUGCUGGACAUGGAUGAACCUCCAGUUUUCAGCAAGCCUAUGUACACAAUGGAGGUUUAUGAGGAUACACCUGUGGGGACCAUUAUAGGUGCAGUGACAGCACAAGACCUCGAUGCUGGCAGCAGCUCAGUUAGAUAUUUCAUCGAUUGGAAGAGCGAUGUGGACAGCUACUUUACAAUAGAUGCUACUGAAGGAACAAUUGCUACUAAUGAAUUACUGGACAGAGAAAGCACAGCACAGUACAAUUUCUCUAUAAUUGCAAGUAAAUUUAGUAACCCGCUAUUAACCAGCAAAGUCAAUGUUGUAAUAAAUGUCCUGGAUGUCAAUGAAUUUCCUCCUGAAAUUUCAGUUCCAUAUGAGACAUCUGUAUGUGAAAAUGCCAAACCAGGACAGGUGAUACAGACCGUCACUGCAGUAGACAAAGAUUUGUCACCAGCUGGGCAAAGAUUUUCCUUCAGACUGUCAGCAGAGGCUUCCAACAAACCAAAUUUCACAGUUCAUGACUACAGAAACAACACAGCUGGGAUUGAAACCAGGAGAAAUGGUUACAACAGAAGGCAGCAAGAGCUGUACUUUCUUCCAGUAGUAAUAGAAGAUAGCAGUUACCCUGUCCAGAGCAGCACAAACACAAUGACUAUCCGUGUUUGCAGAUGUGAUUCUGAUGGUACCAUCCUAUCCUGCAAUGUGGAAGCAAUCUUCUUACCAGUAGGCCUCAGCACAGGAGCGCUGAUUGCAAUCUUGCUGUGUAUUGUUAUACUUCUAGUCAUUGUGGUACUGUAUGUAGCACUACGGAGACAGAAGAAAAAGGACACCCUGAUGACCUCUAAAGAAGACAUCAGAGAUAAUGUUAUCCAUUACGAUGAUGAAGGAGGCGGAGAAGAGGACACCCAGGCUUUCGACAUAGGUGCUCUGAGGAAUCCCAAAGUGAUUGAAGACAACAAAAUACGUAGGGACAUAAAGCCAGACAUGUUGCAUUUUCCACGUCAGAGACCACCAGUGGAAGAUAACACGGACAUAAGAGAUUUCAUUAAUCAAAGGCUGCAGGAAAAUGAUGUAGAUCUAACUGCACCCCCUUAUGACUCCUUGGCAACUUAUGCUUAUGAAGGAAAUGGAUCUGUUGCAGAGUCUCUCAGCUCUAUAGACUCCCUUACUACAGAGGCAGAUCAGGAUUAUGACUAUCUGAGUGACUGGGGACCUCGCUUUAAGAUUUUGGCAGACAUGUUUGGAGAAGAAGAAAGUUAUAACCCUGACAAAGUCACUUAAAUACAACUACAAUAGUUAAAUAAAAUGAAAAGUAAACCAACCACAAAUUUAGAAGAUAAACCUAAGCUUUAUAAUAGGACAGGAUUCCUUUGAUUAUAAAGGACAGCAACUGUUUCCAGCAAGUUACUACAUUUAUCAUACUGUCAGUUUUGAUUUGAUCUGCAAUGGAAAGAAAAAUCCUGUAAUAUACACAGUUUUUUGUUGUCGGUAUUUUGUUACUCUGGAAUUACACUGAGACAAGCUCAGGCCUACAAGAUACAGUUUACCGACCUGACUUAGAAAGAAGACAACUUUCUGGCAUCAUGGUGGAAGAGUGGUAGCUUUUUCGUAAUUCCACUAAAGUGCCUAUUGAAACUUUUAUCAUUUAAGUGGUAAAGAGUCUGCUGUGAUGGUGUUGCAAAAUUGGAUGGUAAAUUGGACAAGAACUUUAAGACAAGAAGCAAUAGCGACAUGCUGACUUCUUUUAGAAUAAAAAUGGAGAUCACUUCCUGGAGUAUGUCUAAUGACUAAAACUAAGGGGGCAGGGAAUUAUGUUGUGUUUGGGGAUUAAGUUUGUUUUAUUUUUACAGAAGAAAGCAGUAUUGCAAGAUGUCAUGUUUCUUCUUCCAAAAUUUCACUAAAAAUUUAAAUUUAAAAUGCUAUUGCUCACUUUAAAGGUGUAAAGUCCAAAGUGGAAAGGAAAUUAUCUAGUAUACAUCAAUGACUAUUUAUAAUGUUCAUGCAAAUAUUACAUUUUUCCAAAAUAAUAAAAAGGUGAAAGCAGCUAUUCCUUUAUCUGAAGGAACUUUUCCUUGACUUCCCCUCUUCUUUUAAAAAGAGACUAAUAUUAGAACAUUUUUAAGAGUAUUAUUGUAUUUUUAGUAGCAAGCCACUUUCCCCCAUGUAAGUACCAUGAAAGAAGUGUAUAGAAAGAACUCCACAUCAAUUUUCUUUGCAAUUAGAUUGUUACUCUGUGGGUACUGUAAGCAUACAUACUAUAGAGAGAGUUAUUUUUCAACUGACCUUCGCUACAAUGCAUGUUUUUACUUCCCUGUCAAACCCACAUCAAACAUUAUAGAAAGCCUUUUGAGGAUGGAAACCAUAUUAAUUUUGUUCUUGCUAAAAUAUUAAGAGAGGCAGAACAGAGAUAUAAACCAACAUGUUUGUCCAUGCUUUAUGUACAAACACAUUCAUAGACGUAGCUUUGCAUGUAACAGAAUUACAGAUACACUCAAGGUAUUAUGCCAUGGAAGUUUUCUUGUAAAACUAUUUCAUCAGACUUUUUCUGAUUUCUAAGGCACAGAUAUUUUCAAAGACAACGGUUUAUGGCCCCCAAAGUGCAUAUAUCCUUACAUUUUCCUUCUAAAACCUUUGCAGUUCAAUACAGUCUGCUUGAGCUCUACUCAUGAUUAAUGGCUCCUGCAAAAUCAGCUCAAGUCAUUCAUGAUUCAAAAGCCUUUUAUUAAUCUCAGGUCUACAGCUUACUUUUUGUUCCAUUGAAGAAUUAAUAACUACCAGACAUAAUUACUCACAAGUCUGGUAUUAACAUACACAAAGUUACCUUUACUCUCUUGGGAAAAUGUAAAGGCAUUUCAAAAUGGUAUAAAUUAACCUACCAAUGAGACCUUAAAAGGUUUAUAGAUUAAAUAAAUUCUGGAUCAUUUGGUACAAUUGGACAGGGCUGCAUUAAAAGCACGAUUGGCAUAGCUUCUAUGAACAGAGUGUUAAGGAAGAGACACAGCAUAUGAUAACAAGUUGGUGGGCUUUUUUUAUUAUCAGCAAAAGUUUCCUACGCUCCCUGACAGAAAAACUAAGCCAGUAAAACUUCUCUUCUCAAAAGGCAGGGAAGCAGAUGGAGUGGCAGGGGACAUUUGCAAGCAUAGGAAUUUUUGUGUGGAAAAUGAUAUUUCUAAUUUUUGCAUGUCUUGAGAGCACAACAAAAGCAACUUGAUACUGCAGAGGAGGCCUAAAACAGAGCUUGGGGGGGGAAAAAUGAUACUAGUUAAAACAGAGGUUUGAUUCAUAAAAAUUUCACACUUGUGGAGGUACUUACCAAUGUUUCCUCAUGUAGCAUAUGCAUAGCAAUGCUUCCUACCUUGCUGCCACAGAAAAAAAUAAGCAUCUGACACUGCUCAAUUACAGAUGUGAAAUCCAAUCCUGUAGCCAAACUCUGCUCUUAUAACUGUAUUAGUCCUUCAUAUGUAUUUCAUUACUGAAGUUAACAUAAGUGAGAGCACGGUUUGACUUUUUGAAUAUCACAUGGCAUGCUUACUCCUGGAAAAGUAGUAUUUGCAGCAGAUACUGGAUGAACAGAAGGUUUAUUGAGUAGAUUGGAAUUUGGUCUGAGCAUGACAGUCUGUACAUGAGUCUAAAUUCCAAAAUGGCUAGGCAGAAAAUGUGGUCUUAAACAGGCUGCUAAACACAAUCCAUAUUUGAAAAUGAGUUGGUUUAUGUUAAAUUAAUACCAAAUUGAAUAUCGAAUGCAUAUUUUUGACAUUUAAGAGGUCUGUAACAGAGAUGUUUCUAUGACACAAUUAAUAAACCUCCAGGAAGAUUUAAAAGAAAGCCGAAUUGGUAUGUAUUUACUGAUGUAAUUGUCCUAUGAAAACAUAAUUAAAAUAAGACAUUUUUUAAAAGACUGAUCAAACAAUCUUAACUUAAGAGGGGUAAUUUUUGUGAACAGCUCUAUAGAUCUAAGGGAAAUAAUUGUUUUUCAUUUGUGCAUAACCCAAGAUCCAGGAAAUUUGUGUUUAAUUCCCUGUUCUCUCACUCUCUCUCUCUAGAAGACACUUGUCAGGUGUUUAACAACUUAUUUUUUAAAGGUAAUUAGAUAAAUAUGAAAUUUACAAGAUUUCAUUUACAUCAAGGCACCUCAGAUGAUACGAAGCAAAUCAGAGUCACAGAAUCACAGAAUGGUAGCAGUUGGAAGGAACCUCUGGAGAUCAUCUAGGACAACACCUGUGCUAAAGCAGGCUCACCUAGAACAAGUUACACAGGAAUACGUCCAGGUGGGUUUUGAAUAUCUCCAGAGAAGGAGAUUCCACAAUCUCCCUGAGCAGCCUGUUCCAGUGCCGUCACCCUCACAGUAAAUAAGUUUUUCCUUAUGUUUGUAUGGGAUUCCCAGUGUUCCAGGUUGAGCCCGUUAUCCCCCAUUCUGUUGCAAGGCAUCAUUGAAAUGAAUCUCCUCCUAUUCUCUUGACAAUUGCCCUUCAGACAUUUAUAAGCAUUGACAAGAUCUCCUCUCAGUCUUCUCUUUGCCAGGCUAAAAAGACCCAGGUCUCUCAGUCUCCCCUCAUAACAGAGAUGCUCCAGUCCCCUAAUCAUUCUUGUGGCCCUCCACUAAGAUCUCUCCUGUAGUUCCUCAUUUUUCUUUAGCUGGGGAGCCCAGAAAUGGACACAGUACUCCAGAUGCUGCCUCAGUAAGGCACAGUAGGGGAGGGAGAUAAUCUCACUUGACCGGCUAGUCAUACUCUUCUUAAUUGCACCCCAGGAUACCAUUAGCCUUCUUGGCCUCCAGCGUACACUGCUGGCUCAUCAUCAACUUGUUGUCUACCAGGACUUCCAGGUUUUUCUCCACAGAGCUGCUUUCAAGCAGAUUAACUUGUACUGGUGCAUGGAAUUGUUUCUCCCUAUGUGCAGGACUCCACACCUUCAUUGAAUUUCAUUAGGUUCCUCUCCGUCCAACACUCUAGUCUGUCCAGCUCUCUCUGAAUGUGAGCGUGGCCUUGUGGUAUAUCAGCCACUCCUGCCAAUUUUUUGUAUUAUUGGCAAAUUUGCUGAGGCUACACUCUGUUCCCUCAUACAGGUCAUUGAUGAAUAUAUUGAGUAAUACUGGACCCAUAACUGACCUCUGAAGAACACCGCUAGGUACAGGCUUCCAACUAGACUUUGCAUUGCUGAUCACAACCCUCUGAGCAAUGCCAUCCAACUAGUUCUCAAUCCACUUCACUGUCCACUCAUUUAACUGGCAUUUCCUAAGCUUAUCUAUGGGGAUGUUAUGGAAGAUGGUGUCAAAAACCUUGCUGAAGUCAGGGUAGACAACAUCCACUGCUCUCCCCUCAUCUACCCAGCCAGUUAGGGCAUCAUUGAAGGCCAUCAGGUUAGUUAAGUACUAUUUCCCCUUGGUGAAUCUGUGUUGACCAUUCCCGAUAACCUUCUUUUCCUCUAGAUGCUUAGAGAGGACAAGUAGAAUGAGCUGUUCCAUCACCUUUCCAGGGGUGGAAGUGACCAUGACUAGACUGCAGUUUCCUUUAAAAAUUUCUUCCAACCCAAAUAAUUCUGUGAUUCUGUGAUUCCUAGGUCCUCCUUCUUGCCAUUUUUGAAGACUGAAGUGACACUGGCUUUUCUCCAGUCCUCAAGCACCAGUCUUGUUCUCUGUGAUCUUUUAAAGAUGAUGGAGAGUGGCUUAACAAUAACAUCUGCCAGCUCUCUCCAUACUUGUGAGUACAUCCUAUCAGGGCCUAUGGAUUUGUGGCUCCAGCUUGCUUAAAUGAUCCCUAACCCGAUCCUCUCAACUGAGGUAAAAUCUUCCUUUCUGGAGACUUCCUGUCUUUCUUCCAGGGUCUGGGAUUCCUGAGGGCCAGCCUCAGUAGUAAACAAUGAAGCAAAGACAUUCUGUAAUUCCACAUUCUCUGUAUCCUCCAUCACCAGGGCAUCCACCUCAUUCAGCUACAGGCCCACCUUUUCCUUAGUGUUUCUUUUGAUGCCGAGGUAAUUAAAAAAAAAGCCCUUCUUAAUGUCCUUGAUCUCCCUUGACAGAUUUAAUUCCUAGUGGGUCUUAGACUUCCUUGUCACAUCCCCGCAUACUCUGACAGUGUUCCUACUUUCCUCUUAAGUGGCCAGUCCCUUUUUCCAUGUUCUCUAAAUUUUCUUUUUCUAUCUGAAUUUUUCUAGAAGCUCCUCACUCAUCCACACAGGUCUUUUGUCUCCUUUGCUUGAUGCCUUUCUCCUGAGUAUACAUUUAUGUUGAGAUUGGAGGAAGUGGUGGUUGGAUAUCAUCCAGCUCUCUUGGAUACCCCCUGCCUUCCAGAUUCUAUGCCACGGAAUUCCUCCAAGUAGGUCUUUGAAGAAGUUAGAGUUAACUCUCCUAAAGUCCAGUUUUGUAAUACUGUUUAUUACUCUGCUUCUCCCACGCGGGAUCCUGAACUCCACCAUCUCAUUGUCACUGCACACAAGGCUGCCCCCAACUUUCACAUCCCCAAUCAAAGUUCUUUUUCUUCUAGUAUAAGGUACGGCUGUACACCUCUUCUUGUUGACUCCUCCAACAUCAGUGUCAAAACAUUAUCAUUCAUGCUUUGCAGGAAUCCCUUGGACCGUGUGUGCUUAGCUUUGUUGUCUUUCCAGCAAAUAUCUGGGUGGUUGAGCUCCCCCAUGAGAAUCAGGGUUUAUGAUCACGAGGCUACUUCUGGCUGUCUGAAGAAGGCCUCAUCAACCCAUCUUGCUGAUCAGAUGGCCUGUAAUAAACACCCACAAGUGUUAGCCUGCCCCUUCACAUUCUUACCUGUAAGGUCUCAACUCGUUCUUCAUCCACACCUAGGCUGAGCUCGAUAUAUUCCAGUUGUUAUUUCACACAAAGAGCAACUCCACAACUUCACCUUGCUGCUUGUCUUUUCUGAAAAGUGUGUAGCUAUCCAUGGCAGCAUUCCAGUCAUGUGAGUUAUCCCACCAUGUCUCUGUAAUUGUGAUGAGAUCAUAGCCUUGUGACUGCACACAGAUGGAAUUAAGGAACCUUGGUGUGUUUGUAAAUUGUAUCAGAUAACUGCUUCAGUUUUUAAGCACUGAAUUUUACAAGAAUCUCUACUAACCCUUACACAAUCAAGAUGUUAAAGUGGAUGUCUGUCUUUCUCUUGACUAUGGAAAGACCUGUAAACCUCAAAUUAUAUCAGUGAUAGGAAGGUAAAAUAAUGCUUAAAAGGUACAUAAGGGAUAGAAUUGAGACAAAUACUGUUAUUUAAGUUUCCAAAUGUAAGAUAAUGGCACACAAAUGUGUAGCAUCAUCUUAAAUGCCUCAACAGUGCCUCCCUGCAAAUCACAAGACAUUCUGUAAAAUGUCUUAUGCACAGGAUGGCAUUGAAAUAAUUCAAACAAAUCCAUGUUUUAAGUUAAAUAGUUAUGACGUGGACUAGUGGUGGUAAAAUAAAGUCUAAGUGUAAAGCAUUCAGCUAAGAAGGGAAGUAUCUAAGGAAAUAUAGCUGAUAAGCUUACAUUGUGGACAUACAGAACUGAAGACAAGUUUAUAACAGAAUAUUUGAAAAGAAUUUUAGGGAAGAGGAAAAAGUCUUCAUUACUCUCCCAAGAAAGCUGAAAUUGCCACUACUUAGGAAAAUAGACAUUUUUUGGUGGGAUCAGAAUGUAAAGGAUUGCUAGUAUUUGGUUUUAAGAAUGUUACUACACAUCUGAAAAUGCUAUUAUUCUUGAAAUGCGGGUUUACAAUAUUGUCAGUAAGUCAAGUAGCAAGAAUCCAACAAUGACAGUAGAUGGUAUCUCUUGCAAAAAGAUAUGUCAUAGUAUUUUAUACUUUCUCAAUUUUUACUUAUUUUAUAAAUUCACACUGAAUUUUGCUGUUCAAAAUAAUAAAGUUACUUAGGAUUUGCCCUAGGUUGUGGAAGCAAAGUUAAUUAUAGAACAAAGAGUAAUGAAUGAUUCAAAAGGUUGCUGAAAAUAUUAUUCUAGAGACUACCCUGAAAAUAUUCUUGCCUUAAGAAUAUUUUAUGUCUACAUAUCUACAUAAACACAAAUGAUCCUUCACUAGUUAAAAAAAUGGUUCUUCAGAUGCUAUUUUAAUUUUAUAUUAAUUACCUCCAUUACUGUUAUAAAAGAGUUCUUAUGACUGUACGAUUAUGAAAUAACAAACCUCUGUUAAAUGAAUUCUGGAAGAAAGCAUAAUAAUCCACUGGGUUACAGGCACUUCAUAUGACAUUAGUGAUUUUAGUCGCUGAGUUUUUUAUUUAUAUUUUUUUGCAGUUCUGUUAUGACUUUUAGGAUUAUUAUUAAUGUAGGCAUUCAAAUCUUUUGUGUGUAGAAAUAUUUUCAAGGUUUACAGACCUUCAUGAAAACAAAUAAUGAAAUGACCCCUAAUAAUAACCCUACUGCUGUGACAUUUAAGUGUGUACGAAAAUCUAAUUUUAUGUUACAGCCCUAUGUAACCUUCUCUGACUGGCAAAUCUACAAUAACCCAGUUCCUUUUCUCCUCUUAUUUCAAUCAAGAACCAGAUAAGUAGUCAGAACAGGAGCCACAGUUGCUAUUUUGAGCAAAACUGAAAUAAGUUCCGGGUAUUUUGUUGUUGUUGUUGUUGUUUGG